CUCAUAAAGUCUAUUUCACCAAAAAAAAAACAUUUUUCUAGCCAAGGACUGGAAAAUAGAUCCGAUCACCAUCCCUGAAAAUGAAGGCUUUGAGUUUGUGGUUAAUGCUUGUGGGCUCACUUCGACUCGCCUCCGUUUGGUUCGGUUUCUUCAACAUUUGGGCUCUCCGAGUCGCCGUCUUCUCUCAGUCCCCUAUGACUGAAGUUCAUGGAAGAACCUUUGGGGUGUGGACACUUUUGACUUGCACGCUUUGCUUUCUGUGCGCCUUUAAUCUUGACAACAAACCGCUCUACCUCGCUACCUUCUUGUCAUUUGUUUACGCACUCGGUCAUUUCUUAACUGAAUACCUCGUGUAUCGCACUAUGGCCAUUACAAAUCUCUCUACUGUCACAUUUUUUGCAGGCACGUCAAUAAUUUGGAUGCUGUUGCAAUGGAAUGCACACCAACCCCGAAUCACCUCGAAAUCGGAGUGAACUGUUUAACUGCUGCUGCAAUUUGCAGAGACGGAUUGUUCUCAUUUUUUGACAUUUUCCCUUCUCUUCUUCCAUGAUUUUUUGUUCUAUCUAUGAUAACUCUCUAAUUUCAAUUCUAAUUUCUUGCAAUUUUCUCUGACUAAUGGUU